GCUAAUAUUCUCCCAGCAUAUGGUCCAAAAUCUUCGCUAGAGAACGGGAACAAACAAACAAACCAACAACAACAAAGUCCUCAAACCUCCUCGCCCAAAGCCCCUCCCCCACCCCACCUCCAGACUCUCAGCAAACUUCCCCGACUCGGAGAAGUGCGGCCGGGACACCGCUGCAGAGUGGGUGGGGACCCCGCUGCCGGGCGGGCGAUGCGGUGGCCGCGGCGCCGCUGACUGCGACCGACGCGGGAGCCCGGGAGCGGCGCCGCGCAGAUGAAGGAACUGAGUUUCAGAGAAAUUGAGUGACUUGCGUGUCAGAGUUUGCAAAGCUGAUAAUUCUACCCCAGAGACCACAAGUAUGAACACCACAGACAAUGGCAUCAGCUGUCUUUGUGCCAUAUGCGGGGACAGAGCAACAGGAAAGCACUAUGGGGCGUCCAGCUGCGACGGGUGCAAAGGUUUCUUCAGACGCAGCAUACGCAAGAGUCACGUUUACUCCUGCAGGUUCAGUCGCCAAUGUGUUGUUGACAAGGACAAAAGGAAUCAAUGUAGAUACUGUCGUCUAAGAAAAUGUUUCCGAGCAGGAAUGAAAAAAGAAGCUGUUCAAAAUGAACGUGACAGAAUAAGCACCAGAAGGAACACAUUUGAUGGCAGCAACAUCCCUUCCAUUAAUACACUGGCACAAGCUGAGAUUCGGUCUCGCCAGAUCUCGGCCUCAAGUCCUGGGGCAAGCACUGACAUAAACAUUAAGAAAAUUGCAAGUAUUGGUGAUGUCUGUGAAUCUAUGAAGCAGCAGCUCUUAGUUUUGGUGGAAUGGGCCAAAUACAUUCCUCCCUUCUGUGAGUUACCGCUGGAUGAUCAGGUGGCUCUGUUAAGAGCUCAUGCAGGGGAACAUUUACUGCUUGGAGCUACAAAGAGAUCCAUGAUGUAUAAAGAUAUUUUGCUUUUGGGAAACAACUAUGUUAUUCACCGUAACAGCUGUGAAGUUGAAAUCAGCCGAGUUGCCAACAGAGUUCUCGAUGAGCUCGUUAGACCCUUUCAAGAAAUCCAGAUCGACGACAAUGAGUAUGCUUGUUUGAAGGCAAUUGUAUUUUUUGAUCCAGAUGCAAAAGGGUUAAGCGACCCAGUGAAAAUUAAGAACAUGCGGUUCCAGGUGCAGAUCAGCCUGGAGGACUACAUCAACGACCGGCAGUAUGACUCCCGGGGAAGGUUUGGCGAGCUGCUUCUGCUGCUGCCCACACUGCAGAGCAUCACCUGGCAAAUGAUAGAGCAGAUACAGUUUGUGAAGCUGUUCGGCAUGGUCAAAAUUGACAACCUGCUUCAGGAAAUGUUGCUGGGUGGUGCCUCCAAUGAUGGAAGCCAUCUCCACCACCCGAUGCACCCACACUUAUCUCAGGAUCCACUGACUGGACAAACCAUACUUUUAGGGCCCAUGUCAACCCUGAUUCAUACAGACCAGAUCUCGACUCCUGAAACACCACUUCCGUCCCCGCCACAAGGCUCUGGACAAGAACAAUACAAAAUCGCUACCAACCAAGCCUCAGUCAUUUCACACCAGGCCCUUACCAAACAGAAGCAAAUGUGAGCCCGUGUGCACUUCUGUGUGGCACUACCUAAAUGUGAAAGAUUGUUCAUCUUGAAAUAUCUCAGGAUAGUACUUUUGGCAAAACCUUAGCCAGGGUUUCUACAUGGUGCUGUUGUAAGAUGGUAUCCUAAUUUUCUUGUUUGUGUACUCAUUUUGUUUGUUGUUUCUAUACUGUAAAAUUUCACAUGCAGCCAAUGUAUAUUUGAGUUUGAAAUUGUUUAUAGAGUGUUGUUUUUCGUUGCCCUGGCACUGAGCCUGAGCCUGUGAAAUCUUUUGUACCACUUUCAUAAUAAUAUUAAUUUAAAUCUGUAAAUAAUUGCUUUGUUGUGAUGUGAUGAAGAAUUAAAUGUUUCCUUUGCCUAGGAAGAGUAGAUCAGAAAUACCAGGAUAACAUAAAAUGAGCCAACUUUCAUAUUUUCAAAAAUUAUUAUCUUGAAGAUUGGAAGCUAAAGCAGCAGCUAUAGAAUGAUUUUUUUUUUCUAAAAGAAGAAUCACUUAUGAGCAUUCUCAGAAGCCAUUCUAACAAUGAUUGGAUAUUCUUUGAAAUCUAACUGUAUUUGAAGGUGUAUGCUAACGUAAUACAUAUUUUUUUUUUUUUUUUACUGGUUAGGAUACAAGCCAAACUGCAACAAAGCAAACCCUAAAACUUAGAUCAACCCAAAAUAGACUUUUAAUUUGCUCUCUUCAAGUAAUCUAGAGAGUCACCUGUUGACUAGAAAUCAGCUCAUUUCCACAAAGAGCUCAAGGCGAGGCUGAGGGUAAUCGUCUAGUAGGAGCCUGGGCCCUAAAAGCCGUGCAGCCCUGAGACAGCCACUAUGGGGGGACAAAUGAGCCAUUGACACACGUGUGCCUCUUGUAGUCCUCACAGCACUUCAGUAAGGGAAGUGGUACUAUUUCUCUUUUAUAAAUAAAAUGAACCUUCAGUUUGAGAGUUUAAAGAGCAUAACAAAGUUUCUAUGUGUAGAGAAGCCACAUGCAAGUCCAGCUCUGGCUGACUUUAAGGAGACUGUGUUUGGGGAGAGGAAAGAAACCUUUGAAUUUCUACUCACAGUGUGAUUUUUAAAUGUGUGCAACCUAAUAAUGACUGAACCCUAUACAUCCUGUGACUUGUAAUGCAUACUCUAUUAAAGUGAUAAAUUUGAAAUUGUUGCAGUGUAAGAAAACAUUUUUGUGUUUUUCACAGUUUUUCCCUAAAAAUAUUUCAAAAAUCAAAAUGACCAAUAAAUUUAGAUCAAUACAAAAACAGGUUCAGAAUUUUAGUGACAUACAAAUAUAAUGCAAGUCUCAUUCUGGACUGAAUCCAAUUUAUUGCAGCCCUAACCUUCUUGAUAUCUAAAGGUGGAGUUUAUUUUAAAACAGUUAAUCACAUAGCAAAACCUCUCUCCUUCUCUCGCUGCUUACUGUAACAGGGAAAAAUGAAAAUUGCUGGAGUAAUUAUCAAUGAGUUAGUGCAAAAAGAUAUUCCAAGCUAUAAUACAUGGAAAUAAAUGUGUUUUCUCAAGACUUCAAAAUUCAUCAGAUUGUGAUUUUAUAAUUUCCACUUGCCCCCACAAAGAAAAGUUUAUAUUUAGAUUCUCUAAUAUAUUGGCUCUUCAUGUGGAGCAGUGAUUUAUGCAUGAGCUAUAGGUGAUUUAAUAAAAUCAAUAAUGUUCCUUUAAGAAUCCUGUGGUGCUGUGAAGUAUAACCCCUAAUAAGAGAAGGGACAGAAGAGAGAACACUGAGAGAAAGUUUCUUAACUGAUGCUCUUUGAAAAUUCAUUUUAGUGUAUAUUUUCUAAUUUUUAUACAUACAAGUAUCUUUUGUAGGCUUCUGUUUACUUUUU